UCAUUUAAUUACAAUAAAAAUAUAGCCAGGCAAACAUUGUCUUUAGAGAGAAAAAUCGCCCUUUCGAGUCUAUCAUCUAAAUUAUUCAUUUGUCAUAAUAUUUGCUAAAUUGAGGGUUCUUUAUUAAUAUGGCAUGGACCACUGGUCGCAUACUCCUAAAGCUACAGCUAUCCUUGCAGCGAGUCCAACGCCAGAGCCUGGCCUCGGCAACAUCCGAUGGCACCAGCGGGCAGAGACUUGGACCAAUUGGAACCCUUGAGUCCGAAACGGGCACAAAGCUCAAUAUGGAAGGGUUUCCAAGUGCCUCGAAGGGCUCGUAUAUGGAGAUUCUGUUUUCCAAGUGGCUGCAGGACCAAAACUCCAUUCAUGCGACCUGGCAACGAUUCUUCCAGGACCUUUUGGAGAACGAUCCUCUUGCCAGUGCCAGUAACACUACCAGUGGCAGGGAUGAUUCAAAGAUGAUUCCUCUUGGACAACAGGAGACGGAGACCCAGCCCAAGGUGGGUUCAGUAUCGGCAAUUAAAAUUCCAGAGAAGAUGACCCAUCAAAAGCCACCAGAGGAGCCGGAAAAAGCAGCCAUGGAUGAGCGUAAGGCUCCACUCCGCAAGCGCAGGACUCCGAAGUUAAAAUUAUAUCAUAAAUUUGCCAAGUUCCGAAAGCAAGAAUCGACCUCCAAGAAGACUGACCAAAGCCUCCAUAGGGCGCAACGAAUUCCUGGUUCGAAAAACAGCCGUAAAUGGCGAUCCAAGGACGAUUCCAGGAAAAACAACACCGAGCACUUCAAGAGUUUCUACGAAGAGAAACUGAAUAAAGAGAAAGCUAAGCAAUUAAAGCGGAAACCCGAUGGCGUCAAGGACAUCUCAAAGGAAAAUAAAUUGCCUGAGCAGCCCGAUUUGAAGCUACCAUCAAGUCAUUUAGGGGAAGAGGUUUCCUAUCCAAUGCAAAAGCCACCAAUGCAUAGAUUUGAAAGUCUGGAGGCUAUAAUCCAAGAUCUGGAUAAGGACACCAUUAAUAUGGCUCUUUCCGAUCCGAUCCACCAAGAGGGAGUGAAAAAAGUGCAACUUCGGAACGGCGACGAGGCUUCAAAACUUUUAAAAAUGCCUUCAGAUAUGAAAUCUUUUACGGAUUUACCAAAAGCAAUGAUAGAUCAUACGGAGAAGAGCUACAAGUCUGAGAAGAGCUCCAAGUCGGAAAAGAGCUUCAAGUCCAAGAAGAGAUCCAAGUCCGAACGGAUCAAUGAGGAUAAAGCAAGUGAGGCUGCAGGACCUGAGCCCGAGAAUCUCACUGAGAGGCAGCAAUCUACACCUUGCCAUAUCACCAACAAGAAGCCCCAACUGGAAGCCACAAAGAAACCCCAACUAGAGGCCACCAAGAAGUCCCAACUGGAUGACAAUUGGAACCCCUCGCUGCCUUUGAGGGAUUCCUAAAGAGAAGAAUCACAUGACUCUAUAGUCUGCAAGGAGAUUCUGGAGAGCUUGGAACGCUUGGACAACGGAGCUUGAUUCUACGUGAAUUCACAAUUGGACACUACUUUGCUGCAGAGCGAAAACGAACAUGCUGAGUGUCUUACCAUGGAGGUGGCUCCCAGCUUCUGGCUGAGGACUGGCGACAAGCUUAGCACUUUAAGGAAUAGAAGGCCUUUAUGGCUAGGAUCUUUAGCGAGCUAACCCAGGAGAAUAGGACGUGCCUUGAAUGCAUUAUCAAGAGCAAGCUGCCAUGUCCUGGCCCAAACGUAAGCCAGAAGAAUCGAACCAAUGACUCUAAAACACUAAGGAAAUCCAAGGUAUAGAAUAAAACCCCAUCCUUCGCGUUGAUUCGUUCGAUUGAUCCCACAAAUAAAAGAGAAUAGAAAA